AUGCACUUGAUUACGCUUAUCUAUCUUGCAUCUGACAUUUUGUACUUAGACCCAGCUGAGUUUCUCGUCUUAAACAACCUGGGACAGCUCAGCUUGGAGUCACCCACACAGAGUAAGAUAUUGGCUGACGGAUUGACUACCUCAAGUGCAUUUGACUACAUUUUUAGUGAAAAGCUGGUGUUCUAUGUCGAGGAUCAUCAGCUGCAGCACACCGAUUUCAUAUCUGUUAUCAAAGUAAUGCAUUAUGUAUUAAUGUUUUUCGUUCAGGCAAUUAACUUAACGGAUUUCCGAGUCCAUGAUGUUUUCGGAUUAGAACAUGGUGCCAUUAAUGCUCUAGCUGUAGAUUGGCAGAAUAUGAUGGUCUACUGGGCUGAUUUCAAGGAGGAAUAUAUUGCAGUUGGCGAGAUCAAUCUUGAACUGAUAUCAAUAACAAAGCAGAAGAUACUGAUGUCUAGAAACUUGAGCAAUCUAAGAUCAUUGUGUGUGGAUCCAGCCACCAAGUCCAUUUACUGGCUCAAGUCCGACGACUCUACACAAAUAGAAAGAGCUGGUCUUGACGGAAGCCAGAGAGUUGUGGUAUUUGAGGAAUUUGGUGUCAAAGGGCGGGAUCUAAAAAUAGACUUCUUAACAAGACGACUUCUUUGGUAUGAUGAAUCUCACAAUCGAAUUGCUUGUAUCAAUCUCGAAGGCGGUGACAUCAAAUACAUCGCCAUUUCAGAUCUGGGCAAAGAUCGACCAAAGUUUCUGACUGCAUCUGGCGGAAGAAUAUAUUUUUUCAACGACAUGACUAUUGCCAGCGUGUCCAAAAGCGAUCAAGUUUCUUUGACGGCCCAUAUUCACAUUACAUUCGGCCACCAGCCCUCUGGUGUAAAAGUAUUUAGCAGAAGUGAACAGGCAGAAAUAACAUUGGAGGGCAACUUCACCUGUGUUCCUGAAAGGUUUAGACGAUUAACUAAUACAGGUGAAACUGGUUGCAACUUUUUGUGUUUGAGUUCACCUUCAAACCAUCUUUACACAUGCACCUGCCCGACUGGCAUAUCAUCAGACAGAGUUGUUGCCUCGCCGAGCCUGAGCAAAGGGAAAUAUCAAAUUAAUCUCUCCCGCUCUUACGUCUGCCCGAAGAAUCCAGACAAAUUUCUCCUAAUCGCUCGUCCGCCAAAAAUUUUCAUGCUUUCUCUGGACAGUCAACUUGUGGACAGCCCCCUCUGGCCAAUUGGGAUUUCUCCAAAUCCUCGUGGAACUCCAGUUCGAGUGGAUUUUGACCCAAAAUCUGAGUGCAUUUAUUGGGUUGAUAACGCUAUUUACCGUCUGAAACUUGGAGAACGAAACCCCACGGCAGUGAUUGAACCUACAAAUGGGGCCCUGCACACUCUAGAUGGUCUUGCGGUGGAUUGGAUAGUAGGAAACCUCUACUGGUCCACGGGUGGCAAUAAGCAAAUUUGGGUCUCCCGUCUUGAUGGGGCCUGGCCACGACUGCUACUCACUCUCGAGGAUUUUGAUGACAACGGUGUUAGUGCUGCUAGCGAUUCGGAUGUUUUAUCUGACCCAUAUAGAGAGGAGACUGUCAAACGAAGACCAACGGCCUUAGCUGUCGAUCCACUUAACCGAUACCUAUUUUUUAACGUCUGGUCAGGAACUCGAGGUCGAAUCGAACGGACUUGGCUUGAUGGAACACACAGGGAAGUUAUUGUUGACCACAAUCACACAGUCUGGCCCAACGGGAUUGCAUUAGAUCUUGAGGCUCGUCAUCUUUACUAUGUAGAUGCCUACUUAGGCGUCAUAAGUCGAGUGGACUACAGUGGACAUAACCCCAGACAAAUAGUUUCUGGUCAUCUACAGCACCCUUUUGGGUUCGAUCUCUUGGACGAGAAUCUCUACUGGAGCGACUGGCAAACACUAUCAAUCUCUCAAAUAAAUAAGCACAAUGGAGGGGAUUUGCGUGUUCUCAAAACUGUCGGUGUAGAUGAAGCGCUGAUGGGUAUUCGAGCUGUUGAUCUAACAGCCAAAGCCACACAUAAAGGGAAUGUAUGCGAUGACGUAGCGAAGAGUGGCUGUACCCACCUCUGCCUGGUGCUCCCCGCGCAACGUGGCGGCGGGGACAACGAAGGUGAUGAUCGGUCCUAUAAAGGCAAGGAAGUAGAAGACCUGUACUACUGUGCGUGUCCACCCGAAUACGCUCUCGAUUCCGAUGGAAAGACGUGCAUUGUGCCUGAUUCCAUGCUGCUCUACUCUCUUGACGGAACUGGCAUUCGGCGCAUGAGUCUGCCCAAGUCCCGCCUUCGGUCGCGCCAUGGUCACUCCCGUGUACCAUUCAAGCACCAAUCUUCAACUGACCGCCAUCCAUCUGCUGCAAGAGGCACCAGGCUGUUCUACCACGAUGUUGAGCUAGCCGCUGCGGAGACGGCGGCGAUGGCGUCCAAUCAGAUUUUUAACCAGGUUCCUUUACCUUUCCUGCGUCGUGUCAUCCGCUUCGAUGUGCACAUCUCCGAAGAACGUAUCUACUGGGUAGAAGACUCCGCUCCUCAGUGUAUAUCAGUGGCUUUUCUAAACGGGACUGGUAAGGAGACCCUGGUAUGUCUCUUUUAUGACAUUGGACUCGAAGACACCAACCAAACUGGUGGAGGUGGUGAAGGAGGUUCUGCUUCUUCAAUGUCACCAUCUGGAAGUCAACAUCAAGCGCGAGAUUCUAUCGUUGGUUUGGCUCUAGACUGGCUUACUAAUGCGCUAUACUUUUGCGUUGAUGGCGAACGCCCCAGGCUGGAGGUUAUUGACCUCAAGUAUCGCAGCUACAUGCAACCUUCAUCAUCUUCCUUUUAUUCAUCAUCGCCUCGCUCACGUCCCCGCAAAACUACACGUAGGGGAAAUUGGCAUUCUAAACGAGUUCGGCGCAACAUUGUUCCUCCGUGGUUUCUCCGUCCACCUAAAGGUGUGGACCCGUCUUCUGACGACUACGAUCUCUAUGCAUAUGAUUUAAAUCCCCUUACAGAUCGUCUGGCAAAUAAUGUCGACAAUUAUCGUCUUGUACUCCUGCAUAAUCUAUCGUCUCCACGGGAUAUUGUGGUUCAUCCAAAGAAACGGUAUUUAUUCUGGUUAGACGGGACACACAAUGCUCGGUUCAGUAUUUUUUCUGCUGGGCUUGAUGGCCGAAAUCAUCGUGUAAUAUGGAAUGGCGUUGGAAUGGUAAUGAGUCUGGCAAUCGAUUAUACCACUGAUCGACUGUACUGGAUGAAUUGGGUAACCAAAUGCAUUGAGUCAAUAUCGCUGAACGGAGAAGACUGGUUCUCCGUUAACCCAAUACUUCCAUCAGACCAUGGGCCUUGGCGAAGCUCGGAUGAUGGUUACGACGACAGCGUGCCACCCCCUUCCGCCACAUCCUCUGAUUUCCACCCUUAUGCUAUUGAUGUUUUCCAAGGAGCGGUCCUCUUUUCUGAGUUGACUACGCAAGGUGUUUAUCGCGUUCAACUCCCAAAUUCACGAUCUGGGUUCACAACCGGCAGUCAGUUGAAUUUGCCCGCUGAUCUUCUGCUUCGUGGCCCUUCAUCGCCGUCAGGCCGACAAAAUUUUCUCGUUUUGGGUUUGUUUGUAGCGGGUUUCGAUCGCCAAGCUGCGGAACCGGGCCAUCGAUGUGCUCCGCCCUCCUCUACGGCACUAUUUCAUCCACAGGCACUGUCCUGGAGCCAUUCGUACAGUCUACAAAGUCUUCCCAACCAACUCCACUACCAACAGACUGGACCCAUGUGCCAAGCUCUGUGUCUAGGUGCACCUCCACUCCAUUCAAUGCUGGGGAGCCGCAAUGGUGGUAGCGGCAGUGCCGGUGCGCAGCCUUCUGUAUUUAGGGGCCGUGUUGCUGGCGGCUACUCAUCCUCUCUUCUUGAUGACCGGUCGCCCCGAUUUACUUGUGCUUGUCCCACACAAUUCACUCUGGCUUCCGAUGGCUACAGUUGCCUUGAGCCCCAUCGGAGUCUUUUGGUUAUUACGAGUUAUGGGUUAAUCGUGCGCUACACUCCUGACGACCAGCCGACAACAAACCUCCUUUCCCUAUCACCACUCGCUCUUCCCACGCACGAUCAUCUCUCCGCCGAUGGUUUCAACCCCCCACCCACAUGGCACCCUGUUGAUCCAGUACCUCCGUAUGUAGUGGAGCCGACCUUCAACGAGGGCGACCCGGAUGCUCUAUCGGAUCCGCUGGCUUUCGCGAGGCGUUGGUCAGCCCGUCACCGAGUUGCUGCUGCUGCGCUCGAGGAGCUAACGAAUGCGGGUCUCUUCUUCCUCUUACAACCCGUGGGGAAGCGUGAUCGCAUUCCGCCGUCUGUCUCUUCUUCCCGCGCCAGGACUUUUCGUCAUGGCUCUGACGCCAGCACGAGUAGUGACAGCAGCAGAUAUCAGUCACAUGACUUCUUUACUGGCAAUAUUCGUUCAGGAACUGCUUUUUUGCGUCUUGGAUUUCUUGAAUUCUCAACAGGCGAAGUAGCUCUUUGGGAGGGUGGACCCUUGGUUCCGAUGUCCGACAAAGCAUGGCAUUCUUACAUCGGAAGUGGGGACCUCGUUUCAAACCCCCGCCAAUCCCACCCAACUUUGUUCAACCGACCGCGUUGGAACCUUGCAUUUGAUCCAGUUAAUCAGAUUGUUUUCUGGAGUGAUGUUCUCACAGGUCUAAUAGGAGCAGAGAAUAGCAGGUCAGGCCGUACCAUUGGUUUAGUUGCAAAUCUCAGUGAGGAUUCACGCACCAUCCUCGAAAUCGUUGUUGAGCCGCGAUCCGGUCAACUUUUUCAGCUCACCUCUAAGUGGUUAGAGGGCGGUGGGCAACCGAUUGACUGUCGUAUCGAAGUUACAUACCUGGACGGCAGUGACCGGCGACUAUUAUAUGAUACCAUGAGGCACUCUAUUUGUCCACACUCUCUCACUUACUCCGCCAAGUUAGCCCAGCUCUUUUGGGUUGAUCCUGAGAAACGAUGCAUUUUUACCUUAAGCGUUGCCAGUGGUAUCGGAAAUGGGAUAGUAAAACCUGAAAUAGCAGUUGCUGAUACUUUACCCAUCCCGAAAUCCCUUGCAAUUCUACCCGAAUGCGCCCGUGGGUCGCCAUCAGGAAACUCUUUAUGGUUAACGUGGCUGGAGCCAAUCCAUCACAAUACCGCUCCUGGCAAUCAAAAUCAUCCUAUCAAUCUCCUUUAUGUGCCUCUUGAUUCAUUGUAUACGAAUGGCGCAUCAUUUGUCCCGCAAAAACCUCUUACUCCGCCUCCAGGAUUCAACUCAUAUGUAUGGAAUAGCGGUGAUCAACUUUUCGUAAUUCCUAUGCGUGGCGGUGGCCUGGGAGAUAUUUCGUGGCAUCCGUGCGCUGGCCCCUCGCAUGGGGAAUGCACACAGUUCUGCUUACCAAAGGUCACUGCAUCGUCUCCGAGUCUGCCCCUAUACCCGGGCCCACUUGCUCCUCACCCUCCUCUGUCGGCACCCCAGCCACAGUCACUGUGGCGCACUGUUCGCCGGUGCGCCUGUGCCCUCGGCUCACAGCUUCUAAACACGGGGUCUCAGGGCGAUGAAGGAAAUGUGUGCAGUCGAAUCCCCCAUUGCUUACCACCGAAUAUGCUAUGUCGUGCUGGUAUUACAACCAGGGACAAGAAGACACCCGGAGAAAACUAUUUUCUCGUUGGAGAACCCUUCCCGCAACGUGGGACUUGUAUUCCAGCUCACAAAGCCUGUGAUGGAGUCACCGACUGCCAAGACGGAAGCGAUGAAGUGAAUUGCCCACAGAUAUGCUCUGAAUAUGAGUGCGACAACGGUCUGUGCUUACCCUUUUCAUCACGUUGUAACGACGUAAUUGAAUGCGACUCGGAUGAGUCCUGCUGUGGCAAAGAUCAGUUUGAAUGUCGUCGUCCGCCUCAUUUGCUGCUCGUCUAUCAGCACCAACCCGGAGCCCCAUCUAGCCGAUGUCUUCCUUCCUCCAUGGUUUGUAACGGUCGACCCGACUGUGCCGAUGGCUGGGACGAGGCCUCGUGUGAGGACCGGGAUUCGAGAGCUAGCAAUGAUGCCAAAAAUUUUGUUUCAUCAAAUGGAAGCACAGUCAUGGUUGAGGUAGCCUUCGCGGACGGCUUGAACAAGGGAGUCAGCGAAUUCCCUUAUGUAUACACAGUUUUCAUCGUUUCGGCAAUCAUUGUCGUCCUUGUCGUCUUCAGUCUGGUUGCCUAUUUGUGCUCAAAGAAGUGGUCCAAGUCUUCGUACACGGUGCGAACAGAUGUUCUUCUGAUUCCCACAAGAAAAGGAGACAGGGAAAAGGGUAGAGGGGAUGAGUUAUCCAAUUGUGCGACUGGUCAGGUGAAUAAUCGCAGUGAAUGUCAAGAGCCUCUAGUUGCGGGCAAGACAACAAUCACAUCCACUGCAACUCUGACUGAACGUGCUCCUGCAUCCAUGUCUCGACAUCGAAGAAGUGCUGCAGGCAGUCGAAAAAUCACAUCGAAAGUUACCGUACUACCUCCACCUCUAAGUAAUGGUUCUUCUAGCUGGUAUUGCCCUUCUUGUUCCUCCCAAGGUGGUCAGUCACCAUCAGUGAAUGCUUAUAGGAAUUUUUGCAAUCGCUGUCAUAGGUAUGGUCGCCAUUAUUCCAAGAAUCCGAAGUCAUCUCGCAUACGUUCACCAUGCCAUUGCACAGCAAGAGUAAGUAAUGUUGAGAGGCAAGACAACAGUUCUUCUACUGUAUAUUGGACACGUGCGACUUCCAAGUGUCCGCCAGCUCCACCACCCUCAUCCUUGCCGUCUCCUCCUCCCUCUCCAACCAUUAGCUGUCUUUUUGAGAUUCCUUCUGCCUGUCCGCCUCCAGCUCCUCCACCAUCCAAAUUGCAUGCUGAUGACGAGAAUGAAGAGUUAGGCGGGGGAAGCUCAUCAUCGGAAUUUAGUGAGUCUUCCAGCCCAACUACUUCACCUCUGCGCUGUCGCCAUAUUCACCAUCGGCGACAACGUGGACGUCAUUUACGCCUACACCGUCGAUCACAGCGCCACGAGGUUUCUGCCUCCUCAAUUGCUUCUAUGGAAAACAGUCACCAUCACACCUACCAAUAUGCUAGUCGAAAAAGGCGACGUGAGAUUAGCAGGAAGCAGCGUCGCAGGAAGGUGAGCCUCCGUUCUGAUCUAGAUGAUGCAAUGGACUCUUCGUGUAUGCAUUGUCCGCAGUGCGGAUUGAGGCAGCAACAGCAGCAAAGUUCUCAUCAUGACACAAAACGAAGAAACACCUUUGCCACUGCAACGACUGCUCUUCACGCUUUAGUCGCCACCUACAGUCAGGUAGAACCAUCUUCGGUUGGAGCCAACACUAUUGAGAGCGGCACUUCAUCGUCUGGCGGUCAUAAAACUACUUCAAAUCACUCAUCCGAAUUCUACCCUCGUGAAACAGUAAACCCACCACCCAGCCCAAUAACCGAGUCAACCUAUGCCUCCCUUCCGCUUGCCGUCUUAAGACGCCCCGGACCAUCUCAAGAGGCAAUUCUCUCGAAUUCAUCUGGUUCAAAUGGAGUCAUUUGCAAUAUGGGUGUGAAUUCCUUUCCAUUUGAAACUUUGGGGAAUGAUGAGUCAGAAAAGCGAUUCAUUACAACAGUUGGAAAUCUGGGAAGGUCAAACGUCCGCUCCUCGGCACCACCCUUCACUUGUUCGCCUGGUGAUGAUACGCUCAAUCUUUCCAAACAGAUCCAAAUCUCUUCAGCUUCUAAGUUCAUAACAGCGUCAGCGUCCAACUUUCAUCCUCAUUGCCGCCAUCAUCGCCACCAUAAUGGUGAAAUGAGGACAGCCAUGACAGCUGCCUCUGCUGCGGCUAAAACAACUACGACGACUACAACGACCAUCCAGAACGUGCACCUAGUGAUAGUUACAUCCAACAAGGAGCAACUGCACCAAUGUUGUAACUGUUGUUCAGAUUGCUCACUCUCAUCCUCUACCAGUGAAAGUGAACCGGAUAAGUCCACUAUCGUAGCGCCACAUCAGAACAAUGCUAACUCUUCCGGUUGCGUUGUGAUACCAGAUGAGCCAAGAGAACAAGCCGAAGGAGCCGAGGCUGAAGAUAUGCACCCUCCUGCCCGAGCUCCUUUUGCCCAAUUCUCCCCUUCAAGGAACGGUUAA